AUGAAACCUGCUCAUGAGAGAAGCCAGGAAUGCCUUCCCCCAAAGAAACGAGACCUUCCUGUCACCAGUGAGGAUGUGGGGAGGGUAGCCAGCUGCUCUACCAAUCACACGCCGGUGAGCGCUACCCCAGAGUGGUGCAGGAGCGUGGUAGUGACUGGGCAGAGCCAAGCACCGUUACGAUACAGCCUUGGCAGUGAUGGUGAUCAAGCGGUAGCUGGCCUGACUGUGGAUCAAUAUGGCAUGUUAUACAAAGUGUCUGUGCCUCCAGCCACCUUCUCUCCCACUGGCCUCCACCCAGUUGUGAACAUGAGUCCUCUGCCCCCUAGCUUUAAUGUAACCUCUUCCCUGAUCCAGCAUCCAGGGAUUCCAUAUCCCCCCAUCCACUAUGCUCAGAUUCCCUCUACGUCUCUUCAGUUUAUAGGGUCACAUUACACAGUGCCCUAUGCUGUGCCCCCCAGCUUCCUCCCUAGUCCUCUUCUAUCACCUUCUACCAACCUCACCACCUCUCAUGUUCCCCGUUUUGUGCCAUAUGCCUCUCUUUUUACAGAAGACGCCACUCCUUCCCCCCAGACUACCUCUCCUUCCCAUGCUUUCAGCAAAGCUGCCGCUGUCAUCUCCCCUUCAGGCCAAAUGCAGCACCAUGCUGGAGUCCAGCCGCUGGACAUCACACAGAGUAGAGUUCCUGUCUAUUACCAGAUGUCUCGGCUCCCACCAGGGUAUUCAGCAUAUGAGACCUCCACUGUAGGAGGAAGCCCAGAUCCUCCUCUGCAAGAAAGUCAACUGAGUUCAGAGGUAGCCUCUGCCAAUGGUGGACAGAGACAUCUGGAGCAUAGUGUGGUGAGGAGGACCAGUGAGGCUUUGGCCUCUGCCAGCAAUAAAGCUGAAGGCCCGCAGCCUGGGGCUGCAGUGCAGUGUGUGGUGGAUGGACAGCUCUUUUCAGGUUAUCAGACUCUGAGAACAGAGGACUCUGUACCAGCUCACAGAAGCACGCCAGACACUGACUUGGAGGUGCAGAGAGUGGUUGGGGUGUUGGCUUCUCAGGAUUACUCGAUUCUGGCAGCCCAGAGAAAGGAUGGCCUGAGCCCUUUAAACCUUUGCCAUAAUAUCCCUGAUCAGCAGGGGGACUCCAGGGGCUUGCUGAGGAACCCAGUGGAAACAGCUGAGAAAAACCAGGCCAGGAGUCCAUAUGUGAUGUCCCCUGAGGAGCCGGUUAGACACAGACAGUUACCCAAAGGAAUGGUGGUAGCCAAUGGCAAGCCAGUCUUGGUGCGUAUUGGGUCUGAGCCCAUCAGGUCUUCUGCUUCAGAAAUCCUGAUGAGACAGAGUCCAGAUGCACAGACCCGUGGAAGCUCACGUGACAAGGACUCAGCCCAGUUGCAGCCCCCCAGCUCCUCACAUCUGCCCUCCCAUUUCAUGAAAGGAGCCAUCAUACAGCUGGCCACAGGGGAGCUGAAGAGGGUAGAAGACCUGCAGACCCAGGACUUUGUGCGGAGUGCUGAGGUUAGCGGGGGCCUGAAGAUUGACUCCAGCACAGUGGUGGAUAUCCAGGAGAGCCAGUGGCCUGGGUUUGUCACAUUGCAUUUUGUGGUUGGGGAGCAGCAGAGUAAAGUGAGCAUUGAUGUACCCCCUGAGCAUCCCUUCUUCGUGUAUGGCCAGGGCUGGUCCUCCUGUAGCCCGGGGCGCACUGCUCAGCUCUUUGCUCUGCCCUGUCACAGGCUGCAGGUGGGCGAUGUCUGCAUAUCAAUCAGUUUACAGAGCUUGAAUGGCAACUCUGCUUCUCAGGCUAACUGCCCUCUUGCAGGCCAGCUGGUGCCCACCAGAGAGAGGCCCGAGAGAACAGGUCAGGGACCCAGAGAGCCAUCUGACAGAGCCAGUGAGAGGAAGAAUCAGACAGAAAGGGACAGUGCAGCCCAGAUUUCCUGUACAGAGCCCUCCCAGCCUGACCCUGGUGCUCAGCACUGCUGGACAGCCCCAGGCUUCCAAAGAUACAGCUUGCAGGGGGAGGAGUCUCAUCCGUCCCUGCUUCGUCCCUCUUUCAUUCCACAGGAGGUCAAGCUGUCCAUCGAAGGGCGUUCUAAUGCAGGGAAGUGAUCUCUUUAAGGCCACGACCUGGGAUGUCACCCAUGAGUGAGCCUCACUUUUUUCAGGUGGAGAAUUUGCACAGACUGAGUGGUGGGUUCACCAGCCCAGCUGCUCUUUGCCGUGCAGAGCUGGAUUUGUUCCAGUUCAGUUGUUGAUCAUUGAGGAAUCUAGAGGGCUCCAGUCCUCAGGGAGCAGCAGCAAUGGGCUAACUAAGGCUGGAGGACAGGGGAUGUGGUUGUGAUCGUGUGACUAGAAGCAUUCCAGAGGUUGGGACUUUCACACAUCUGUCUUAGUGCCCGAGUUUCCUGCAGGGCAGGGUCUGAGCAUUCAGGAUGGGUGGGGGAGUCAAGAAGAGCAGACCCAAAAAGCCACAGCUUAAGGUAGCAGAUAAAAUGUCUGAAGUUCUUAUUCCUCUUUUCGUGGCGGGAAGGGGUGAGUCCUCACUGGGAUUCAGGGGACACUGCUCUCAGCACCCCCUUUCUUCACACAUGCACUUUAAAAGGAAACUUCUUCACAAAUGGAGCUGUUUGUGAGAUGGGGGUGGAGAUGCAGGUGCUGCUCUGGUGGCCUCUGCUUGGUGUGUCUCCUCCACUGAAUCCUAUUGGGCUUUCUUCUAGCAAAGCAUCUGUAGAAAGAGACUGCAGUGAAUAUUAGAAAUUGGAGAGGAAGGUCCUAGAGGAUGGAUAGGGAGUGAUUGAACAGGGAACUGGGGAAGGGCCUACAGCAGCUGGAAUAGGGCAUGAGUUGUAAUUGGUUCCCUGCUAUACAGAUACCUAUGUAAUUAUUUGUCACCAAAGCUAAGUCUAAUUAUAGCAUUUCCUAGUGGUAAUUGCUGUAAUAAAGGUGAUAUGAAGACUGCAUUUUAAAGCUUUCUUCACAUGGUCAUAACUUUCUUAAAAAAUCUCCUUUUGGGCUUAAAAUUUCCAUUCUUGGAUUCAGACUAGCUGAAUUUUUGGGAGGAAAACUGAGCCAAAAUGCUUUUAAGUUGCUCUUUAGAUGAGGAUGAAAAUGUAUUCUUCCACUGUGAAAAGACUGACACUUGUGUGCAUCAAUAAAUCAAAAUUGGCUGAACUACUCCAGA